AUGCCCUCCUACGGGACUGAAUUUCGGGAUUUCUUCCUUCAGUCCGGAUCCUUCGAAUUCAAAACGCUUGGUUCUCAGAUGGUGAUCGUGCCAUCUGCCAUGGAUGGUCUUCGUCAGGCGUUGAUCAAGAAGCAGUCUCACAUGGACGGGCGGCGCUACCUGGACCAGAUGAUCGCGGAACAUUUCUCGGACGCGCGCGGGGAAGCCCAGCUGUACGUGGGGCGUCAGAGCGUCCUUCCGGGGCUGGCGGGCUGGCCGAUCCCCCACGACGCGCCCUACAAGCCACAGCUCGACCGCCUCAUGAUGAGGAUUAUCGAGGCCGGAUUAUACGAGAAGUGGAGCAAAGACAUGCUAAGACAAGCCAGACAAGAAGGAAGGCAAAGGCAGAAGCAACGGAUGAAGAACCAAAAUCAGGCUGGCAAGCAGGAGGAAGACGAAGAAGCAGGCAGCAGCGACAGUGCGAAGGCUCUGAACAUCGUCCACAUGCAAGGACCGCUCAUGUUGCUUCUCCUGGGCCUUCUGCUGGGGCUCCUGGCCUUUGUGCUGGAGCUCGUAGUCGCCUGAAAGACUCGGCCUUCUGUUUCCUAAUACGGGGAGCUAGGAACCCCCCCCCCCAAAAAAAAAAAAAAAAA